GAACAAUCUCGCCCGCUGUAUUUUAUGCAACUUACGUAACAAUUUUGCAACUUUUUCGGCCCUGCCCUGCCCUGACCCCGACAACCUUGAACUUGAAGAGAAGUAUCUGAAACUCCCCUUUUAGGAAAAUGGUUGCUCCCUACCGCACUGCAUGACGGGAGCUAAAUUCAAGAUGGCGGAAGCUAGCCGAAAGGCGGGCCUGUCGUGAGGAACGUUGUUUUGUUUACAGCGAUUUUCUUGAGUUUGCAGCUAUUCCAGUUUUGGUGAGACUCAGAGAACUAUGGAGUUUUCCUUCAACAUUCACAGUCUGUUCGGGGAGGAAAUCUCGCUGGUGGACUGUAACUGUGCGCCGUUCCGGAAAGUCAGCAACGAGCCACUGGAUAAAAACCUGACGAAGGUCAUUGAUGACUUGGGCGAGGCUUCAGCUAAGGCACAGGGUCUGCACGGACCCAUCACAGCAGCCUACAAACUCAGGAACUCCGAUCAUCGGAUGUACAUCCUUAAAGAUGCACAGGCCAACAGUGGGAAGGGCGCUGCUGUCGGCUUCAUCAAAGUUGGCACCAAGAAACUCUUUGUCCUGGUAAGUAAGUUGUGUUGUAACUAUCAGAGUGUGCGUGCAAGUUGUGUUGUAACUAUCAGAGUGGGUGUGCAAGUUGUGUUGUAACUAUCAGAGUGGGUGUGCAAGUUGUGUUGUAACUAUCAGAGUGGGUGUGCAAGUUGUGUUGUAACUAUCAGAGUGUGCGUGCAAGUUGUGUUGUAACUAUCAGAGUGGGUGUGCAAGUUGUGUUGUAACUAUCAGAGUGGGUGUGCGAGUUGUGUUGUAACUAUCAGAGUGGGUGUGCGAGUUGUGUUGUAACUAUCAGAGUGUGUGCAAGUUGUGUUGUAACUAUCAGAGUGGGUGUGCAAGUUGUGUUGUAACUAUCAGAGUGUGUGUGCAAGUUGUGUUGUAACUAUCAGAGU